AUGUUACCAAAUAUUUCAAUCCAUCAAUUAAUAAAUCAAAAUGAAAAUGAAUGGUUUACAUGUGCUGAUAUUAAUAGUAAGCAGGAAAUAGUCUGUGGAACAGAUCAAGGCCAUACAAAACUCAUUUCAGACAUAUGUUAUUAUGAUCCUAAUGGUUGUUAUAUUCUUUCGUGUUCAGCUGAUACAGAUAUUCGUUUAUGGCGUUCAUUUUCUUCGAAUUCUGUAACAAUUUAUCGUUCUCAUCUUUCACCUGUAUGGUGUUUAUCUGUACAUUACAAAUCCGAUCGUUUUGCAUCCGGUUCAAUGGAUAAAACAGUUCGUCUCUGGACACCAGACCGAUUAAAUAUUCUUCGGACAUUUAUCUAUCAUUCAGACGAUAUAAAUACAAUAACAUUUCAUCCAAAUGGAAAAUAUUUAGCAUCUGGUUCUAAUGAUGGUUUAAUUAUUUUAUGGGCUAUUGAACAAGCUCAACCAGCACGUAUUCUUAAAUCUUUAUCAAAUAUUGAACAAUUAACAUUUACAUCUGAUGGCAAUCAUCUUAUUUCAAUAAGUCAUAAUAAUGAACAAAAGUCAGAUAGAAUUAGCAUUUGGGAUAUACGUUCAGCUAAUGAAAAAUAUCUCAUUGAAAAUAUUCCUAGCCAUCGUCGUCUACUUAAAUCAUGUCAAAUACAAAACACACAUAAAUUUGUAACCGGUUUUAAUAAAUCAUUUUUAUUUUUUGAUAUCAAUAAUCAACAAGAAAAAAAUGAUAUUUUUCGUUCGGAAUUUUCUAAUGAAUAUAUUCAACGUUUAAUACAUUUUUCAUCCAAUGAACCAAAUAAAUUAAUAGCGAUAAUGACGACUAUUAGACAACGUCGAAAGCCUGUUAUACCUAUUGAAAUAGUUCGUGAUUUAGAUGCAUUUGUUAAAGUUGAAAAUGACUUUAAACAACCGACAACAACAGGAGGAACAAUUUCGAUUAUUACCAUUAUUGUUGUAAUUUGCUUAAGUAUUGUACACAUUGCUACAUUUCAAAGUAAUACACUUAAGUAUGAUUAUGAUGUCGAUUGGGAUCAUGACAGUAAACUUAAAAUUAAUAUUGAUAUGACUGUAGCCAUGAGUUGUUCAUUAAUUGGUUCAGACGUACUUGAUGUUACAAAUACAAAUCCAUUGGAAAGUGGAAAAUUAGACGAAGAAGACACAUGGUUUGAAUUAUCUCCUCGGCAACAAAGAGCAUUUAAUAGUCUACAAGCAGGUUCUAAAUUAAUACGGCAACAAUAUCAUGCUAUUCAUGAUUUACUUUGGUUAAGUGGUCAUACUAUUGAACAAUUACCUGAAAGAGAAGUAAAACUUGAUCGAAAACCGGAUGCAUGUCGACUUCAUGGUACAUUAGAAGUUAAUAAACUUGCGGGAAAUUUUCAUAUUAUUCUUGGAAAAUCAUUUUCCUUUUUUGGGGCACAUGCGCAUAUAAGUCCAAUGGGUGUACAGGCUUUGAAUUUUUCUCAUCGUAUUGAUCAUCUUUCAUUUGGUUUGCCAACACCUGGUCUUAUUCAACCAUUAAAUGGCGAUUUAAAAAUAGCAAAUACUGGUUCACAAAUAUUUCAAUAUUUUCUUGAAGUUGUACCAACUGUUGUUCAAACAAGUUAUUCAAAUGUUGAAACAUAUCAAUAUGCAGUAACAGAAAAGACAAGAACUAUUGAUCAUAAUAGUGGUAGUCAUGGCAUACCAGGCAUUUUUAUUCGAUAUGAAAUAAGCCCUUUAAAAAUAACUGUUAAAGAAAUUCUUCAAUCAUAUUGGUUAUUAUUAAUUGAAAUUGGUGGUAUUUUUGGUGGAGUUUUUGCUACAUCAGGAAUGAUUCAUAGUUUAAUUAGUAUAGUUUAUGAUGCAUUAUCUAAACAAUGUUCGAAUGCUCAAUUAAGAGAGGAUAUAAGAAAAAAAUCAACGAACGGAGAUCAGACAACAACAGUUGCUAUUGGCAUAACGCCUGAAUCAUCAUCUAUCAUGUGA